AGCGGCCCCUCUGAUGUAAUGGGGGCCUUUUAAAAAUAUUAAAUUUAAAAAACGGGGCGAAUGUCAGUACAAUGAAACAUCGGAAUUGCCAUCUCACGGUGCCCCACUAUUGCCACGGACACGCACCCGGAUUAUACAACAUUGUUUGCACCGCGAUCUUAAUGCUUUUUACCGGCAAUACGCGCAAGCACGUACACACGCUCCCUUCUUUUCUUUUUGCCAUACCGGAGGAAUAAACGCUGUGGACUGACUUUACCCGUGUGCAACGAUAGACCCUGCACUCCUCCAUCCAGUCCUCCUCACUGCAUGUGGUUCUAAAAAGCCCCCGAGGUUUGUGCUGAGUGUCCAGGACAAGCCAGGAGUCCUCCCAGACAGCAGGGGGCAGUGGCAGACAUGCAGGAGCCAAUCUUGGAUGGCAAGAUGGCAAAACAGGAGCAGAAUUCCAAGCCUCUGGAUGAACAGAGAGAAAACGAUGACACAUCUGAGAAGACGUCCCCGAAUAAAAACCUCAAAUCACCACAGAAAGGCUCCAAAAGACAUAAAACGACACAAUUUAAAGUCGGGCUGCUGGAUUUGUCAGAUUACAAAGGAGAAAUCGAGAAACACUCGAAAGGACAGACGCUGAUCGACAUGGUGUGUGAGCACCUCAACUUGUUGGAGAAGGACUACUUUGGGUUAACCUUUGCAGACACAGACACCCAAAAGAACUGGUUGGACCCCUCCAAGGAGAUCAAGAAACAGAUGCGCAACGCGGCGUGGAACUUUGCCUUCGUUGUCAAGUUCUACCCUCCGGACCCCUCCCAACUCACGGAGGAUAUCACCAGAUACUACCUGUGUCUGCAGCUGAGGGAUGACAUGCUGUCAGGUCGGCUGCCGUGCUCGUUUGUCACCCACGCCCUCCUGGGCUCCUAUACGGUCCAAGCUGAGCUCGGCGACUAUGAUCACGACGAGCACGCGUUGGACUAUGUCAGCGAUUUCCGUUUCGCUCCCAAUCAGACUCGGGAGCUGGAGGAGAGAGUGAUGGAGCUCCAUCGAAACUACAAGGGUAUGACUCCAGCGGAGGCCGAAAUUAACUUUUUGGAGAAUGCAAAGAAACUGUCCAUGUACGGGGUGGACCUGCACAACGCCAAGGAUUCCGAGGGGAUCGAAAUCAUGUUGGGUGUCUGCGCCAACGGCCUCCUGGUGUACCGCGACAGGCUGAGGAUCAACCGCUUCGCUUGGCCAAAGAUCCUGAAGAUCUCCUAUAAGAGGAGCAACUUUUAUAUUAAGAUCAGGCCUGGAGAGUACGAGCAGUUUGAGAGCACGAUUGGUUUUAAACUUCCGAACCACAGAGCCGCCAAAAGGUUGUGGAAAGUCUGCAUUGAGCAUCACACCUUCUUCCGUUUGGUUUCUCCGGAGCCUCCCCCCAAGGGCUUCCUGGUGAUGGGCUCAAAGUUUCGGUACAGUGGAAGAACGCAGGCUCAAAGCAGACAGGCCAGCGCUCUCAUAGACCGACCCGCCCCUCACUUUGAGCGGUCCACUAGCAAGAGGCUCUUGCUCUCCAGAAGUUUGGAUGGAGCAGAGUUCUCCCGGCCGGUGUCGGCCACGUGCGAGAAUCAUGACGGCCUCUUCCAUCGCGGCGUCAUCGAGCGACGCGGUCUCCGCAGCCCCUCCGUGGACGAGCAGGAAACUGAGCCGGAGCCCAGUUUGGAACAGGACGAGGACGAUCCGGACCAGGAGGACACGGAAAGAGACGAUGACCAGGAAGGAAACGUCACGCCAAGCAAGAAGAAAGAAAUCAUGGAGGAGGCCGGGUCACCGGUUGACAGUAAACAGGAGCAGUGUCAUUUGGAGGAGGACGCCACCCCCCAGCACAAGCAGGAUGUACAGUUUCUGGAUAAGUCGCAGGAUGUGCUGCUGAAGCACCAGGCCAGCAUCAACGAGCUCAAGAGAGCCCUGAAGGAACCCAACAGCAAGCUGAUGAGCCGCGAGAAGCGUCUGUCAGCAUCAUCGCCACCCAGCACGCCGGAGAAAAAAGCUUUGGGGGGUCGAGUGGUGGGGAAAGACCCCAUUAGCAGCCACUCUGUUGAGGGCUUCACCCAGAAGACUCUCACCACUUCACCCGAGGAGCCCAUCUCUGCCCCCUUUGUUUAUGAUGAGCCAUUCAUUGACGCCAAGAAGGAGCUCGGUGACAGGAGGCCGCAGACCAUUGCGGUCCCAGAGGAGGAGCAAGAGCAGGACACGCUGGCUUGCAUGAGGGAGAGCCAUCUUGGCAUUGAGCGCAAGUGCUCCAGUAUGACGGUCAGCUCCACAUCCAGCCUUGAGGCUGAAGUCGACUUCACUGUCAUAACGGACCUCCACUCCUGCAUGGAGGACAUCGUCACCAAAGGCGGUUCCUAUCCGGGAGAGAAGGAGCGACAGCCCGAGGUGGGCCGGGAGGACUUUGAGGAAACGUCAAGGUUCUAUUCUGCGCGUCUCAUGGGCCAAGCGGACAAAUGGCCCAUAGAGGAGGAACUUCCCGAGGAGGGACUAUAUCGCGAGCCGCCAGUGGCGAGAAGAGAGCCCAGUGCUGUGACUUUGGCCCAGAGGUUAAAGAGGGCCGACUCCAAGACAGAGUCUCACACAAACGGCUCAGAAGUUCAAGCGACCGUCACGCCUGUCUCACCCCAGAGACUCUCCUUCAGCCGAGAUACUCCGGCGAGCAUGAAAGAAAAUGGAUCGCCGGUAAAAGCCUGCACGAAAGAUCACGAGUCCAUUGGAUCGCCGCUGUUCCUCACCGCAGAAAGCGUCACCACUGCGACCACAACGCAUGUUACCAAGACGGUCAAAGGAGGCUACUCAGAGACCAGAAUUGAGAAAAGAAUUAUCAUCACGGGAGAUGACGAUGUGGACCAACACCAGGCCCUCGCGAUGGCCAUACAAGAGGCCAAGCAGCAGCACCCCGACAUGCUCGUGACCAAAGCGGUGGUGAUCAGGGAAACGGAGUCUCCCACUGAGGACCCACAGCAGAAGUCCUGAUUGGCCAAAGUGGCUUGAGAGGGGGAGGACACAUGCGGACCCGCCCCUGGUGGGAAGUGGACCAUGUCGUCCUGCCUUGAGAACAGACUGUCAAGCAGUUCGACCAAUCCCCCUGUCCUUUGAGACAAACCUGCUGUGACCCGCCCUCUGACCUCAUCCGGACUCCAGUUUCUGCGGGCAAUGCAGGAAGGAUCACCUGCUUGAGGAUGAUUUGGUUUGACCCAAUAAUUUGGGGUCACCGUUUCCUUGUUUGGAUCUCGUCUAUCGUAUUUAAUUUUCAUGGCACACACUACGGCCACAUUGCCAUCUAUUUCCGAAUAAUUUGCUUCUGUACGACGAUACAUGAUGAUCCCGUACAUGCGGCAAAUGCAAGAAAGAAAGGGCACCAUCCUGCCAGUGCUACUUGCUACUGUCCCACAAAUGUUUUUACAUUCUUAUCUGUAGGGAAUCAAACACGGUGUUGCUAUAUAAGUAAAUAUGUACAUUAUCAGAUUAUUCUAGCCUGCAUGAUUCAAAUGCAAAAAAACAGCAGAGGCAGUUCUAAAACAAACGAUGAUGAUACAAAUGGCCUUGUGUUAAACGGAACGCCUUUGUCGGGAAAGUUGAUCAGUCCGCUAAGCGGCGAAGGCAAGGUGGUACCGAGCGAUUCGUGGGGAAAUGUCAAAAGAUCUUCGGGCCAGCGGACGGCGGAGACAUUUGGAUGUUGCUGAACUCGGAAGAGAGACAUUCGGUUGGGACUCAGCUUUGCAAUCAAAGCCCUUUCCUGCCAUCACCAUCAAUGCGUUGUUUAAAUUGCUCUCUUUUGGGUGUGGGAUUUUUAAAGCCAAUUUAUUACAAAUGUAUGUUUCAGAAGGUUUAUGCUAGUGUUUUUUUUUUUUUUUUUGUGUAUGUUUGUUUUUUAACUCUCCUACUUGCAACGUAAAUGCUGUCUUUGGUUUACAUGAUCCAUUAUCGGAGAAAUGUCAUUCUUAUCAUCUUGGGCGUUUUCGGUCUUUGGUUGUAAAGAUGCUGAAAUGUCACUCUUGAAGGUCUUGUUCAGUGCCGUAAGUGACAGCAAAUCGUAAAAUGUUACUUUGCCCAAAAUGAAAGUGUUCCCUGGCAUCACAGUAUGUACCGUAGAUAGAAAUAGUCUACACACCCCUGUUCAAAUGCCGAUUCUUGGUGAUGUGACGGAGAAAUUAUUUCAAAACGUUCACCACCAUUGAUGUGACCGAUAACUAGUGAUGGACAACUGAAACUUCAUCAAGCACUCAUGAUCAUUUUUGAAUCCUUUUGAUGGCACUGUUAAUUUAAACAAGGUAUAAAUAUCAACACUUUCCACUCGCCUUUGUCAUAAAACCAAGAGCACCAUCUCGAGGAGUAAAAGAAAAAAAUAUCACAAGUGCUUCAUGAAGCUUCAUUUUCCCUCCAAUCUCUGCAAGAUAAUCAAAUAUUUGUCUUCGUCUUUUUGAGAGGGCAAAUAAAACAAAUCAAUUGAAAUAAUAUGGUUGCACAAGUGAAAGGCUGAUUAGUCGGCUUUUUCUGAUAUUUUUUUUUUCUUUUGAGCUGAAUCCUGAAGGUUUUGCGCGAGCACUAACUGCUGUUUGGAACUGUUCAUAAUUCUUUCCACAAUGCCGAAGGCCCCUGUUACAGUUGAAGAAAAACAACCCCAGAGCAUGUGCUGCCACCGCAAUGCUUCGCUGUAGCUUUGGUGUUGCUUUGGUGAUGAGCAAACAAACCUUUUGAAAUUAUGGCCCAAAAACUCUUCAACCUUGGUACCCCAACAAAAUCAUGCGGCAAAAUGUAUCCAACGAAAGCUAAAAUUCCAAAGAUGCCCGACACGAUCACUAAAAGAACUGAAAGAGUAAAACAUGUUGGCAGCAGCCUCGUGCUGUGCACACAACCGUGUUAUCUCCAAACAUCACACAAACCUGACACUUGAACAGAGGUAUGUAAACUUUUUGUAGUUCUUCGGCAGUUGUUUACGUUAGCAACUUGAGCGCAGCACAAAGGCCUUUAGACAUACCGCCGAUAUGCAGCGCUAUAUCCUAGAAUCGCGUGCUGCGGCACAGUGGUGUAUCGUGAGAGGUCGUCAGGAAAAAAAAUCUCUACUACGAUGUAUCUUUGUUCAUCUCUUUGUGUCAGUGACACACAAAGACAGGCAGAACAAUUAAAUGCUCCUCCACUAGAUGGCAGAAGAUCCUGCAUAUCUCUUUACUAUUUCAGUGUGAAUUCAUUUGAUGAUAUUUUUGGUUUUGGUUGUGUGCCAGGAGAUUUUUCUCAUGUAAAAUAUGUGCCUUGGCUUGAUAAAGGUUGGGAAACACUGUCCUUGAAGGUAUUGUGGCAUUUUUAGGCCUUUUCAAAUUUGCGGUCUUGUAGGGUACUUCAACAGCCUGUGUCAAAGUGGACUACUAAUGGCAAAUGCUAAAAAAAAAAAAAAAAAAAAAACCAAACAAACAAAACCCUAAAACUGUAUUGCUUUAAUGCUAAUCAUUUGCGUUGGGCUUCAAGUAAAAUUUUGUGUUAGAAGAAAGAUGACGUCGGCGUGAACCAAAACAGAUGAUUGCAAAGCUGAAAGAAAUGUGUUGACUUUUCAGGGUCGAGGAACGAAAGAACAAAAUAUUUGUGUUCUGCAUAUCAGACUCAAUCAUCGGUAGUGUAGUAGUUCCCAUAGCAGGCUUCAGCAUCUGCUGUGUGACUGAUCCAACUCAACGCUCCUUUCAAUUUCCCUGUGAGCGACUUGUGAUCAAACCAACCUGGGUGCCAUUCCAACGUUUCACUUGCUAAGCUCCAGGCCCUCGCAAGUCCCGGAAUUGAUGAAAUGUGACAUGAAAUGGAGGGAUGUUUCAAGAGGUCUGCAUCACAACUCUUGAUAGGUUUGCAUUGAUUCAUUCAAGCAUAUUUUAUUUUUUUAUUGGAUCCAAUUUCUGUCAACUUCAAAGUCAUGGUUCUGAAGGUAUAGUCACGGACUUUGGCGUUGUAUUCAUCGCAGUUUUGGUUGUGAGGUCUAUGCUCGGCCCCGGUUCAGAAAACUCAUCGUGUUGGCUUACCUUUGAUACUGCACUACUAUGCAUUGCAAUCAUCUACAUGAAUUCUCCGGUUAGAGUCUGAGCCAUGUUAGCUGUUUUCAUGUCAAUGUUAAUCUUGUGCUACUGGUAAGCCAAGCAGUGCACUGCUUGUGAGAUUUGCAAUAAGCAGCCAUUUUUCUUAGCUGUCUUCUAAAGGGAGAAAACUGUGAACUGUCAAGCAUACCGAAACAUAUAAAAAGCUAUAGCACACAAUCAGUGACAGUCCAAACAGACCCACCACAGCGUUUGAGUUUUUCUUUUUUUGGGGGGUGAGGUAAUUUUUCAAAGUCUACAUCCUUUCGCAAGACUUAAAACUGUCAAACGCAGUUCAUACAGUACAUAUAAUUUAGAGGAUGUGGAAAGAAUAGUUCUACCAAGUUGCAUCUAGUAAAUGCAGCACUUGAACCGUGAAAAUAACGUCUUUGCUUUAGAAAUGGACAUACUACUGAUGGGAUAAAGCAAGUGGUGAGAGGCCACAAACUCAUGUUAUCUAUUUAUAAAGAUUCCUAUUUCUGAGUGUUAUCCUGUAAACUACGUCAUGCUCGAUUUAGGCUUUAAUGCUCCAGGACGUGAAGGGAUGACAGAUGAUGUUUCAUUGAAAAGACAGCAGCGCACUCGGAACGUCUAUGGAAUGUCUCAUUUACGGGUGCCUUAUAUUUGGGGUCGUACUCCCAAGAGCCAGAGGCCCGCUUGAUAUGUGCUGAUGAUCGAGGCAAAUGCCAGUUAACGCUGCCUCCAAAGUGCAAUCCUGUCUGCAAAGGAUACGGGCAAUAUGUGCAUCUUUCAAAACUGGAACUGGAUAUUAUUGGGCAAAAGGCAGAAAUGUAUAAUGAGGUAGAAACCAGCAUUAGUACCACGAUAAUGGGAAUGAACUUUGCUCAGUCUGAAGCAUCAAGCAAACGUCACCUUCAGUUCUCCAAUGCUUUUUGUAAUCCAUCCCUCUAGUGCAUGGUGGUGUGUAUGUGCUGUAUUUGUUUUCGGGCGAAAAUGAAAAACAUACAUGCAUAAAUAAAGGACUCAGUAUGGUUCA